AUGGCCAGUGCGGAAGUGAGUGAGACUGUGCUGCGCUGGAUAACGGCCCUGAACUGGAGUGCGGAAGUUGGGGCCGACCUGUUGACAGGUGGGAUGGCGUCGAAACACGAACAGACCGGGAUGACGAUGAUCGGCUACUGGGAGCGAUCGUUAAAGAAUCUUUCCACGGAACAGCGAACCAUAUUCACCGUGUUUUCGAUCAUGGUGAUGGUAAUGGCCAUCUUUGGCAACAUCGUCACCAUCAUCACGAACGUGAGGCGUGAACAGCGGCAUCUGCUGCGCGUCUGCAUGCUAUCGCUCGCGCUCUCCGACAUUGCAUUCGUGACCGUCACCUCGAUUGUGUAUCUUUCUCAGUUUAACACGGAAUUUAAUUCACUCUGGACGCUCGGGGAGCUGAUGUGCACAUUUUCACCGUUUGUGCAAACCAUGGCAGUGCUGGUGAACAGCAUCACGUUGGUAGCGAUCGCUCUCGAUCGAUACAUGGCCGUGCGCAGUCUGGUGAAGGGCAUCUGGGAACCAAAUGGAUGGUUCUGUGCGACGUGUGGCGUUCUGAUCUGGGGACUCGCGGCAGGCAUCUCCAGUCCGAUGCUUACUCUGUACGAGAUGUUCGACAUUGUUGUGCUGACGACCGAUUCUCAGCAAACACACGAAGUCAUCAGCGGGUACUAUAUGGCGACAAUCUGUGCCACCGAUAAGAGCAAGAACAGUUACUACUUCGUGAUCGUGUUUGUGGUGAUCUUUCUUCCACUGCUGGGAGCGUUCUGUUGGUUGAAUGGGGUGAUAGCAAGAGCGUUCUGGGCACGCAGGAACCCUAUCGGUGGAGCUCCGAAAGCGCCGAAGAAAUGUUCUUCCAGCACGUCCUGUGAGAGUAGUAACGACAAGAAAACGCUUACCACGAAUGUUGGGACAUCCCAUCCGAUUGUUGAACGACGCACACCGGCAUCAGUGUUUACUUCCAACUGCACAUGUCCACACCACAACACAACCGCCAUCGUUGGAGAGCAAACGACGCAAAGCGAUACCGCCGAGUCACCUUCAGCCCAGCGACCCACCCAAGGACAUCAAAGCGAAGCCAUUUCGAGCCGCCGACGACGCCAGAUACACAUGUUCAAAGCGAUCGUCGUACUGAUGCUGGUGUUUUUCGUGUGUCGCCUGCCCAUGUGGGUGUUCCUGCUGAUCAAGAUGGUGGGUGAUGCGAACACGAGUGCCUACUGGAAUCUGCACUACUCCUUCGGUAUCCUGGCGAUGGUAAACGCAGUACUUAAUCCAUUGAUGUAUACGUUCCUCACCGAGACGAUCCGCUUUACCCUGUUUGUGAAAGCGCAUUGCAUGCGUGCAUGUGUGCAACCGUGCAGGAACGGAAUGCAACGGAUCAGGGGUGGCGGUGGAGGAGGACGAGACUGUGAAAUUAGGAAAAACCGUGACACGAAGGAGCGGAAUAGCAAUGGUAGCGAACACGAGGCACAUCAUGCAGGGAUCUAUAUGGGCGAUUGA